AGGAGGACGCGGAGGAGUACGUGCCGCCGACGGCGCGCCUGGACGCCGCGGUGUACCGGCAGCACUGGAACGGCCUGCGGGUGCGUGUCGGGGUGCACACCGGGCUGUGCGACAUCCGGCGCGACGAGGCGACGAAGGGGUACGACUACUACGGCGACACGGCGAACAUGGCGGCGCGCACGGGGGCCGUGGGGAACGGCGGGCAGGCGCUGCUGACGCGUGCGGCGUACAUGUCGCUGAGCACAAACGAGCGGGAGCAGUUGGAGGUGAGUGCGCUGGGCGCGGUGGCGCUGCGCGGGGUGCCGAGGCCGGUGGAGAUGUGCCAGCUGGACGCCGUCCCCGGGCCGCACCUUCGCCGCGCUGCGUCUCGACCGUUUGGCGCCGUGGCCCGACGCCGGCGGAGAGGCCUCCGCGUCCACCACGUCGAGCGUCGGAGAGGCCGGCGCGCCUCGCGCGGCCGGCCGGUGCCCCCGCGGCGCCGACGUCGCGCCGGCGGCGCGGCAAAAAAGAAGGCGGCGGGGCGGGGGAGCCAUAGCUUUUCGUGGCCCUUCUCUGAUCUUUUUUUUUGCGGCGGCCGAGUCGCGCCGACGGCGUCACCUUCGCGCCGACGGCGUCCGGAAAUUCCGGCGAGGGGCCUCGAGAGCCUCGGCACACGCCGCUACGGCGAGGCAGGCGGAAAGAAGAAGCGGAAUUAA